UAAAGAAAGAGGAUAGAAAAAGGGAGAAAAAUCUACAGUUAACUACAAAACUUAUUUGGAAAGAAAAUAUAUUUACCUAUUUCUCUAGCAAAUACAAAUGCACUUCUAAUCCUGUUGGUGGAAACGUAUGCGCGUUAUCAGAUUGUGACUGAACGUGAAACAGUUUGUUUAAUCAGAGGCAUAGAUCAUUGCAGGAUUGAAUAGUAAAUAGAGGAGACUAGCCCGAGAUUAACUAGUUUAAUAGUACCCCGGAGGGUACAUGUGAAAUGUAGAGGAGGGGACUGGUAUAUUUCAAAUGUGUUAGAAGUUUGUAUGUAUAUAGAUCUAAGAUGUUUGUGUUUGGAUAUGUACAUAUAAAGUGGAUCAUUAUAAAGUGUUGAAUGUUGGUAGUGUACUUGCAGAUGUAAAGGAUUUGUUUUUCUGAAUUAUAAACUUUUGGAGUCAGAAGUUGAUUGAACUGAAUACUUCAGAAAGAUUCGCAAAAAAAUUCAUACACAACUUUGUGAUUAUCAAAUUGCAUAUGAUUAUGGCUUUUAAAAGAACAUUGUUAUAGGCCCGAUUUGUAGUCGUCAUGGCGAAGAAGCGAAAAACUGCCAAGCUUAGAGACGCCUCGCAGCAAGGGACAAACAAUGAGGCGCCCGCCAGCCAUCCACUCUACCAAGUAAGCAGCUCAGACAUCAACCAAGGGCAUGACUCUGUCUCAAAAAAUGAAGAUGCUGACGGCAAACUCUUGCCAUCUUACUUCCCUUGGAUCGUGGCUUCGGUGACGUCAGUGCUACGUGUGAUCUACGUCACCACGCCUAAAAAUUGGUGGGUGCAGCAUCCGGAUGAAAUAUUUCAAUCCAUGGAAGUUGCUCAUUCCCAGAUUUACGGCUAUGGAUUGAGACCUUACGAGUUCAUGAGCCCUGCAAAGGGAGACAAUCUCUCCCACUAUCAGCUGGUUGAACAGGAGCUGGGCAUGUUUGCGAUGAGGUCUCCCAUGCUGCCCCAGUUCUACAUCCUGGUCUCCGCCCUUGGCUGGAUCCUGGGACUACAAAAAAUGAAUCCAUAUCUGACGUGGAGGAUCAGUCACGUGAUCAUCACUUCGCUACUUCCGGUGGCCGUCUCCAAAUUUACAAUGGCUGUCACCAGAUCAAGAGACAUUGGAAAUAUUGCCGCGGCUCUCUGCGCACUGUCCGCUCACCUAAAUGUCUUCGGCACCCACACUCUGGUCAACAGCUUUGUGUCUCCAUUUCUCUUCUGGUCAUUGGCCGCAGUUGUCAGGGCUCUGAACUCUGACCACAGUACGGGCUCUGAUACAUCACCAAGGAGAAACGACAGUUCACAUCACAAGGUGCACUCUUCCAUGGCAAUGAGACAAACGGGAUUUCCCGAUAGCAAUGGCGGUUCAGACGAGAAUGUCUCUUCAAAAUUGUCAAAAAGUAACAUUUCACACAACGGGGGAUUUCACAAGUCUGAAACUGGAGACUCUCCAUCUUCUGAAACUGACGUGUGGGAGAACGGAACGAGGCCUUCAUUCAACAAUAAUGUAGCCAAGGAAAGCCAGUCAAAGGAAGUAACAGCUCUCAGCGAAAGAGAUAUUUCUUGCAGUGAAAAUGCCCAAUUUGACAAUUACACUCCUUUGACUUAUUUUGGGUCUGGCAUGGUCCUUUGCCUGUCCAUCUACAUCCGACCCGAUACAGCUCUACUAGUCAGUGUCCUGUGUUGUUCGUAUCUUGUUCGGAAAAGUUCGAUAACUCUAAUUAAAAAUAAAUUUUGCAUCUGUCUGGCCAUUGGCGGAGUUGUCGGACUUGUCGUAGCCGUUACAGAUGACUGCUAUUUUUAUGGAAGUCUUACGUUGAGCCCUUUAAACUGGGUCAGCUUCAACGUCAUAUCCGGUAAAUCCGGGCACCUUUUUGGUGAAUCAGAUUACCUAUUUUACUUAAGAGACCCCUUCAUUUUAACAGCGACUGUUAUCUUAUUGUGUUUAAUAAUUAUUGUUGAUAUCCUCCUUCCAAUAUUUUAUCUUGCACUUGACUACAUUUGCUUGGACGAUUCUCAUAUCUUUGGUAAAGCAUUUAUUCAUUUGAAGUCUCGCAUCUCUCGCCUAAAGCAUUUGCACGAGUUUCAUCGCUUGUGUGUCUGCGCUGGAGUACUACUUACAGUGUAUUCAUACGCAAGUCACAAGGAAAAGAGGUUUGUGCACGAUGUUAUUGCGCUGUCGCUCAUCGCCGCUGCUUGCGUCAUCAAUGCCAUUUUGAGCACGAGAUUGAUCGCGGCUAUCUGCACGAGAAGAACAGCUCUACUGAUCCUCUUGGCUUUGUUCGCGUCGGUGGAGUGGGACCGCUUCCAGUGUGCGGGGAAGAGCUCCAGCGAGGAGUGGCCUUUCAAAGAUGGCGACAGGGAUCACAACACUAACGAGUGUCUCCUUUUCGUCUCCCAGCAACGUGACGUCACGGGGCUCUUCAUGGAGAAAAAUAUCCUCGAAGCCGGCAGCUUCUCCUUGCUGCACCAGAAGGUUCCCCUAAUGUUUCGCUUCAGUCGAGUACAUAUCGAGUUCGAUUAUGUAAACUUGGUUCAAGAGAAUCGAUCCUGCUUUUUCAACCAAAAUUGCAGCGUUGGCUACUAUACGCUAAACAACGUCGCUGACUUGAUUCACGAGACGAAUACGGAAUAUCUCAAGAAAAAAAUAAUCGAAUCCAAACACUACAACUACGCCAUAGUCGCAUCUAACAAAGAGUUCUUUUACCCAGCGUUCGAAAAAGUCUUCGCGCGCAAAACCAUGUCCGUCUGGAGAAGAAAAUACGCGUCUGACCUAGAAGCUGGCAUGGCCGAGAGCAGUUCUAAAAUUCCAGACGGGGGACACAAUGCCACGCUCAUGGAGCUAGAAGCAGAGAUUCUCAAGCAGAUGGGAAGCUACAGCGCGGCAUUGAGGAGGUUCACGUCUGCUCUUAACGUGACGAAAUCAAAAGUGGAAAUUGUCGCCUCCAUGGCUUUUUGUUUGUACAGGAUGGGGGAGGAGAGGCGAAUGAAUCAAAUGCUGAAAAGUUGCGUGGAGAGAUACGCAAGAGAAGAGUGUCUCCAGGGAGCAAGAGUUCGAGUCGCAAACUUGCUGAUGAGUGGGGCCUACCUGGCCUUGAAAUGAUGAGAUUACAUAUGUAUAUCUAGAGCUAGAUUAUUUAUCAACGUUAUUGAUUUAGUCAUUCAUUUUUGUCAGUUAAAUACGAGGUCUUGUUAUUUAAUACUGCUGAAACACAAUUAUUGAAUAAUGCCUUCAAUAUAGUUUCUCACUCCCUGAAGGAAAAAUCAUUUUGAAUUACUAAAUUACACAUAAUAAACACCUGGUUAUACAGUUUCUAGUGAGUUGGAAGUCAGGAGAGUUACCAGCAAACUUAUGACAGUUGAAUUAAAAGUGUAGGACAGUAGAACGUCGUUUAUCCGGACGUCAGUUAACCGAAUCGUCAAAUAUCUUUUCAGUACGGUAUCUAAGUGGUCUUACAUAUGUGAAGAAAAAGAUCAGCGAUUAUUUCUCUCAAUAAUGGUAGGUCAGUGGCGUAGCCAGCGUAGGGGAGGAUGGUCCAAAGGUGAAAAUCCCCAUGUGCACCCAAUUUGAGGGGGGCCCCAAAUGAGUGUCCGAAAUUUAUUUUUUACAUUAACUAUUACGCCAUUAUCUCAUGUCAUAAAGUCGAAUGUCCAAAUGCAAAGGGCCCCUGGAAAGGUCAAAGCCUCAGCAAAUUCGUUAACGGCAAGCUGAAGCUCUUGUCCGGUGUGUGGAACAUGGGCGCAAUCGUCGGCAUUGAGAAUCUAAAACUCAUCUUAACGAGCGUGUUAUGAAGAAGCUUAGCUGUUUUUUAUGUGUGUGUGUGUGUGUUUGCUUGUGUGUGAGAUUCUUGAGCUUGUACGUGUGUGUUUACUAGUGACCUAGGUCAAAUAUCUCCUAUUCUUGAUGUUUCAUUCUUUACACCAGGAUGUUUAACACUCCCACGCUUGUUUUAUUAUGAAGACUUAACUAGACACUAUCACACUGUCUAAGCUUAGGCGACGAUCCGUGUUAUGUAAUUCGAUAUUUCUAUCCUUGUAUUCAAGUGUUUCUAUAUUUGUGUUUAGGAGUUUCUUUCUGUAUUUAGGUGUUUCUAUUUUAAGCAUAUGUUGUUUUUUUCUAUCCUUGUGUCCAGAUGUUUCUAUCGUUGCGGUCAGGUGUUUCAAUCAUUGUGUUCAGUUGUUUCUAUCUUUGUGUUUAGAUGUUUCUAUACUCGUGUCCAGGUAUCUCUAUUGUGUUUAGAUGUGUCUAUACUCGUGUUCAGGUCUCUCUAUUCUGUAUCCAUCAGUGUGUUCAGACGUUUCUAUUCUUGUCUUGAGGUGUCUCUAUUUGUGCUUUUUAUGUUUCGCUGUGCUAAAGUGUUUCUAUGACAUUGUUCAGAAGCUUUGUUGUUGAUAAUCAAAAAAUACAUUUAACAAUCAAAAUUAUUGCAUGACUAUUGUAUUUAUUAAUAUUGUUAUCAAAAUAACACGAGAACUACUUGUGUAAGGAGAUGUUAUCUUAAUGCCAUUGCCAUGUUUCGAUUUUAGUAAUAUUAUAUGUAAUUACUUUUUCCUUUUAAUUUUUUUUUUUCGGUUGAGGGGGACCCGAUGAAUACUUUUGGUUCAAACGAUCAAACUUUGACUUAAUGGCUUGCAUUGAUUCUGGAUUCGUAAUGAGCAAUCUAUGGUCUAUAAAUAACUUAUAACUUCACUUGAAAAAAAUUCUUUUUAUUUCCGAUUUUCGUGUUAAAAUAUUUGUAGCAUCAUUGUAAGCAAGUGAGCAAUAAAAAGAGAGAGAUGGAAGCAAUUUUUUAAAUAUUUUUUUUUUGUUAAUGAAAACGUAUGUAUUGAAAGCUCGUAGGCUAUACGUGUACUAAUUAGUAAUUUAAAUCUAUAUUAAUGACUUAGUUAUUACGUAAUUAGUUUUAAUGUCAUUGUGUGCGUUCAUUUAGAUCCAUGUAUAAACUUUUGACUUCUGACACCAUUGUUAUGGCCCUAACUGUUAUUUCAACUGAAAUUUUAUAGGAACGUACAAACCUACCACAGCUCUAGCUUGUUUUCUUAGAUAUCACCAAGAACAAAUACUUACAUGAAUUUCACCCACCUCGAGGUACUAAUUCACAAUUCCAUUUUUACUGCUCUGCGAUACUUUUGGUUGUUAUGCAAACAAUUCAAGCGUUGAAAUCAGACAAUACUCACGUGAUCUAAGUAUUAUUAUUGUAUUAUUAUUGUACGUCAUCUAUUUGUUUACCUCGACACGUUCACAGUCUCGAUUUUGUUGUUUAUUAAAUCAUGAUCAAUCCUUUUAAA